AUGUCUGUGUUGCGCAGAGCUAAAACAUGGGAAAUAUCUGAAUCUGAGGGAAGCGACGCUGAGACCAAACAAAUAGUAACCGUCAGCACAGACUUAACAGAGGAUCAGAGUUCAGACCACAAGUGCAAAACCCUUCCAUCAUCCUCUCCCACCAAAACAGAGACCUGUCUAACUUCUGCUGCUUUGUCUCCACGGCCACCAGAUGGAGGCUGCACGCCGAGCCCUGCGAGAAAACGCCGCACCAAGGAGGAGGUAGAGGCGGACAGACAGGCGAACAGGGAGAGGAAGGAGGCGAGGGAGAGGCAGAGAGCAGCCAGAGCCCGGGAGAAGGAGGAGAGGAGACGGGAGCAACAGGAGAGGAGAGAGGCUGCGGAGAAGCUGAAGAGUCUCCGGCCAGAGAGCUGCCUCAGGUGUCUGACUGUCUGCAUUGAUGCAGCUCUUCUGCAACAUGAUGGCUCAGACAUCUUGCUGGCCACCCUGGCUUCCUUUGAGUUGAGGUUCAGCAUUGAGAGCCAGCAGCUCCCACACAGCAUCACCUGGACCAGAGAUUUACCUCAGCAAGGAGAAGAUGGCAAGGGCUCGGUGGAGGAGGAGCAAGUGGUUCUGGUGCUGGGUCUGACCGACUUUAUGGACAUGGUGAUCUCUGUGAAGAAAAUGCUAGACAGUGACGGGGAGGAUACAGGGAUGGGGUCUUUCCUCAGUCCAGUUUUGGAGCGUCUCAACCGGGAUGCCAAGAAGGUCACUCUCCUAGUCACAGACUCGCUGCCAGAUUACAGGACCGACGGUUGUGGUGUGCAUUUGCCAGAUGAGACGCUACAAUCCAAAUUGGGGAUGGAGAACCUGGACACGGAGGAGGUUCUUGUUUACCUGCAGCUCUGCAAGAAUAUCUCACUGGUCUUCCUGGAUGGCUGGCAAGAGGUCACUAACCACGUGUGUGCCGUCACCAAGUCCUUAUCAAAACGCCCUUUCAAACUGCUGACAGAGCGAGAGGAGCUGCCCUUCUGUGUGGAUGGUUCCUGGGCCAGCGGGGUUCGGGUGGAGAGGGACGGCUCUGGGCUGAUCCAGGUCUGGAGCAGGCAGAUCCAGCAGCUGAACAGAGUCAGCCCGGCUGUGGCCUCCACUGUGACUGCAGCCUACCCGUCUCCUCAGCUGCUGCUGCAGGCGUACCAGAGCCUGGGGUCAGAGGAGGACAGGAAGGGGCUGCUGGCUGGUCUCUUGGUGAAGAGUGGAGGUAAAGAGAGACGCGUAGGACCGGAGAUAUCAGCCAGAGUUUACCGCUGCUUCACAUCCCAGAACCCCCAGCUGGUGCUGGACUGAUGCUGUCCACUUGAGAACCAGAUGCACGGAUGUCAGCGAGGCUUAAUCUGGUCUCUAAUGACACUUCGUCACCACUUGGCUGCUAAUGUGUUAAUGUUGAUGUUUACAAGCUAAAAAUAUGCCUCAGCUAUCAUGUUCACCUUCCAGCGAAGCACUAUUUAUUUAUACUCAUCUGAACUUCACAGAUUCGAGGAAGAUAAUGUAUUUAGUAAAAUAAGGAAUUAUGGAAUAAUUAAGGAAUUUCCUGUUUAUGUAUAAAUGCGAGAUUUAUUGUCAGAGGGACCUACAUGAUAUAUUUUGUUUACAUGUGAAGUAGCCUAUAAAAAUGAGGUGCAACAGAAA